GGAGGUGAUGGAGCCGAGGUGGCCGAAAUGGUACAGGGAUGAUGAUCUGUCAGUGUCGCUCCAGGGGGUGGCUGCCGACACCAUCAGUCACCUGGCUGACCUGGGACGGACGGUCACACUACUGGAGAUAUACGACUGUCCUGAUCUCAUGGCCGGCAGCCUGGAGCCCCUCACCAGGUGCCCUAAGCUGGAGUGGCUCACCCUGUCCGGCGGCGUCCCUGACGCCGUGAGCCUGGAGCCCCUCACCAGGUGCCCUGAGCUGCGGUGGCUGUCAGUCACCCCCGCCGACCUCCCGCGACUGAGGGGGCAGCUGCCGGAGGGCCUCGUAUUCCUCAAUGUCAGAGGGCUGGAGGUGACGGAGCCGAGCUGGCCGGGACGGUACGGGAAUGAUGGUCUGUCAGUGUCGCUCCAGGGGGUGGCUGCCGCCGACACCAUCAGUCACCUGGCUGACCUGGGACGUACGGUCACAGUACUGGAUAUAUACGACUGUCCUGAUCUCACGGCCGGCAGCCUGGAGACCCUCACCAGGUGCCCUGAGCUGUGGGUUAUCACCCUGUCCGGCGGCGUCCCUGACACCGUGAGCCUGGAGCCACUCACCAGGUGCCCUGAGCUGCGGGAUCUCACCCUGUCCGGCGGCGUCCCUGACACCGUGCUGGACAUUCUCAGCGGCUGCCCCGAGCUGCGGUGGCUUACACUGGGGGACCUCCAGCGGCCGGCAGAGACGGCCUUCACAGCAGCAGCGUACACCAGACUGGUCAAGUCGUGUCGGGAGCUGUGGGCUCUGUACCUUCACUGCACGGCAGACACCACCCGGGCCGUGCUGACCGCCCUGAAGGAGGCGGACCUGGGCCGGGACAGUAAUGGCCGGCCCCGUACCAUCAGUCUCUGGGUCCCCGGGGAGCUGUACCGUCAGCUGAGGAGCCAGGGAGGCGAUGGGGUCGAAGUGGAGAAGUGGAAGGAUUCGGAGGAGGAUUCGGAGAAGGAUUCGGAGGAGGAUUCGGAGUAGGAUUCGGAGAAGGAUUCGGAGUAGGAUUCGGAGGAGGAUUCGGAGGAGAGUUGAGGACUCCAGCUGAAGAGCCGGCAAGGCGGUUGGGUCAUAGUGUACUACUGGUGAUGAUUGAUGCGCUGCACUACCAGUACCGACCGUGCAUGCAGUGAUGAGCUGACUGCAGAGAGGCCGAGCCAGUCGGCCGGGGCCGCCAGCUGACUGCUGCCGUGUGUGCUGCACCAGCCGGCACUGAGAGCGGCGCCGGUCAGCCGGCACACG